CAUUAUUAAGGCUUUCCUAUCAGGAUAGAAUUGCACAUGCAAAACCUCUUUUUCUCAAGAAUAAAGCUAUAAUAAUUCUUCACUGUUCUGUCAGACGAGACCACAGUGCUUUACAGGAAAAUGCUCGUUAACCUAAGAAAAGUAACAGAAAUGACAUCAAGGUUUCCGACAGGAAGCGUCCAUUACGUCUCACAGUCGCUAACAAAAAGGCACUGCGGGAUAAUUAUCCAAUCAAUUAGGCAAAUCUGUCCGUCCGCGAGCGCCAAUUAACACCCGAUUCAUGCCUGCAGAAAAGGGACGAUGGCCCGGCAUUGUGGAAGGCGCUGUUUCAUUAUCACUUGUUUUUAUAUGAAAACAGAGCCGCGAAAACACCGACAAGAACACACAUAUGUCAUAACGUAUGGAGAGCAGGCACUGGCACAAAGAAGAACGCCAUCAUAGCCGGACGUCUCAGGUGUACUUGCGCUCAUCAUUUGAAGAGCUUCUUCCUGACUUCGCGGCCGUGUUUUCACCUGGAGAAGUUGUACUUGUAGCUGGGAGUGUGUGUGAGGUGGACGCCAUGGCCCUACUUCACGACUGGACCGCGCCGCUAACCGUACAGGGCGCUGCCCGCGACGUCCCCUGCACGGUGCCGGGAGAGAUCCAGAGGAGUGCCGAGCGCGUGGCCGGAUCUCUGUCGCCGCCCUCCGAGGCAAACUCCGACGACAUCGCCGAGACUCCGGACAGCACGACUUCAGACGCGUCUUCUCCUUCUUCUUCUGAGGAAAAGGGAGAGGACACAGACACGAAGCCGCCAUACUCGUACAUCGCCCUGAUCGUCAUGGCGUUACGGAGCUCGCCGCUAGGGGCGCUUCCUCUCACGGGCAUAUACGAGUUCAUCGAGCGGACGUUCCCGUACUUCCGGCGGAACAAGCGUCGGUGGCAGAACUCCAUCCGGCACAACCUGUCACUCAACGACUGCUUCGUCAAGAUCCCUCGGUCCUGCGAGCAGCCGGGAAAAGGCGGCCUCUGGGCGCUCCAUCCCGACUGUGGGAACAUGUUCGCCAAGGGAAGCUACUUACGGAGGACGGCUCGCUUCAGAAGCUCCAAAACAGAAGAAUCCCAGGACGGCCGGGCCCUGUACUCUCUCAUGCACCCGCUCUUCAGGGGGUCUCCCUACGGCCCCACGGGUAGGCAGGGGGGUCCGGAAAUCCGACCCGUGCGUUAUACGGACGUUACCAGCGCAACGAGAGCGGAAGAACCUAAAAAAUCCGCUCCGAGAAGCCACACAUCGCCGCCGGUACCACAGAACAACUCCACCCUCCCUUGCAAUCCCAGCUUGAUCCCAGGGUCCUAUACACGGAGCUAUGGGAACGAGAUGCCAUCCCCAUCCUCCCGUCCUACGUCAUCAUCUGUGGCGCAGCAAUCAGGCGGCAGUAAUACACUAUCGCCGCCAGGUGUCGCUCCUUACCGCGCGGUGUCGGCACCGUUCCCGCCAGUCAUCCCUCCUCUCGUGCCGAUGUCACCCCCCGCGAGACUUCCGUCGCCUUACCUACCGGGGUAUCCCUACUGUUACGGUUACCCCUUCCUGGUACCGCUACCUUCUCCGGCAGUGAACAUUAUUCCGUCAGGUCACCUAAUUCCGCCAGGUCACCUUAAUCCGUCACCCUACCUACCGGGGUAUCCCUACUGUUACGGGUACCCCUUCCUGGUGCCGCUACCGUCUCUACCGCGGCAGUGAACAUAAUUCCGCCAGGUCACCU